UCAUUUAUAUGGUCAAACAUGGAGAAUGGUCGAAAAUUCAAAAUAACUCCUUCCAAGCUUCUUAUAUGUUAACAGAUUGAAACACUACUUCUCUAUCCAAGGAUUUCUGUCAUCCCGCAGCCUAGAUACGUAUAAGCCUCUAAGAAAUCAAUCCUAGCAGUGAUGUUGUGCUGUGCAAAAUCAACACUUCCCCAUAGCUGGGCUAGUCUUCCCACCGGAUCCAGACGGAGAUCUCAAGUUUAUGGCACUAAUCCCAGUUUUCAUCAGGCAACCUCAAAACACAAUCACAGAAUCCAGUUUCUUGGGCAUCAGAAGAUGAACAUUUUCACUACCACUCUGGAAGUCCUACACCACGGAAAGAAUAGAAAGAUGGACAUGGCUGUCUACAGUACCGGCGUUGAAUCAGGAAUUCCUUUUCCUCUUCCUUUUAAUCUUCCCUUUGAUCUUAAUCCCGGAUCUUGGCAAACUUGGGUUCUGGGAUUGAUUGUAGCCUUAACUCCCUUCGGCAUCAGCAAAUGGUGGCCUAUACUAAGGUCAAAAGUUGAUUCAUUGAUGCAGACAACAGAAGCUGUUGCUGAAACUGUAGAAAGGGUUGCUGAUAAAGUGGACAAGGUAGUAGAAGACUUAGCCGAUAGUUUGCCGGAUGGCAAACUUAAACAAGCGGCAAGAUAUAUUGAAAAUAUAGCCGAAAAAGCAGAAAGGGAUGCUCAUCUAGUUGAUGAAGCUAUCGAGAAGUUAGAAGAAAUCGAAAUAGAACUGAAAGAAGAGGCGGAGCGAUUCGUUCAAGCCAAUGCCGAAAGCAAAGAAGCCGAAAACUCAUAAUGGCUUACUGAGGCCUCGUGUCAAUGUACCAAAUCCACUUGUAAUUUAUGAAACUGAGAAUCUGAAAUAUUGUGGAGUUAUUGUUUUUGUGAUCUCUGUUCCAUGUAUUGUUGUUUAACCAUCAUCACCAUCUCUCCAGCCACCUAUCCUGUGGUUUUGAGUCUUUUGACAAUCCUCUGUAACUGCCAUUCAUGAUUUAUGUGGUUUUUAAUACCAUUUAUUAGUAAGAAAAUUAACAAAACCAAUAGUGCUUGAGAAA